UCCAUUCAGGAAGCAGCGGGUGUGAUUAGCUUAGCUAGCUUAGAUUGCUAAAAAAAAAAUCUCUUUAGGGCAAAAAUGGCGUCAGUGAACCCAUUUAAUCUCAGUGAUUCUGAAGAAGAGGCCGAACGGCGCCCUAACGAAACAGUUGACACAGAGCGGAGUCCGAGUGACGGGGCGCCAGGACCACCGCCAGGCAAUCCUUUCUCUCCGCCUGCAGACGCAGAGCCUCCGUCGCUCCUGCUGUCUAGCAACCGGACGAGCCCCAGCGGUGAGGGCAUCUCGGCGUUGGCCGCCGCCACCUCCGCUAUGGCAGGCAGCGCCGAGACGCGGGUAUCUGUAGAUGUCAUCGCUGCCCAGUUAUUGCGGGACCAAUACAUCCUCACGGCCUUGGAGUUUCACACCGAACUGCUGGAAGCAGGCAGAGAGCUCCCCCGGCUGAGGGAUUAUUUCUCCAACCCUGGCAACUUCGAGCGACAGAGCGGUACUCCACCUGCCAAAGACCAGGUACUCGGACCUGGAGGACCACUGAAUCGAGCAGGCAGCAUCAGCACCUUGGACUCUCUGGACUUUGCCCGUUACUCAGAUGACGGUAACCGAGAGACAGACGAACGGGUGGCAGUGCUGGAGUUUGAGCUACGGAAAGCAAAGGAGACCAUUCAGGCUCUGCGCGCCAACUUGACUCAGGCAGCAGAGAGCGAAGUGCCCUCUCAGGAGAGAAAAAACUUCAAGUCAAGCCCUGAAAUUCAGGAGCCUAUCCGCCCACUGGAGAAAAGAGCCUUAAACUUCCUUGUGAAUGAGUAUUUAUUGAAAAAUGAAUACAAACUCUCAUCCAUCACCUUCUCUGAUGAAAAUGAUGAUCAGGACUUUGAGUUGUGGGAUGAUGUUGGCCUCAACAUUCCCAAACCCCCCGACCUGUUACAGCUCUACAGAAGCUGUGGCACCCCCCUCUCUUCUCCUCGGGACACAGCUGAUGUGUCAGUUGGAGUGGAUUUUGUCGAUCUUCCUGGAAACUGCAUUGCCCAAGAUCCACUAAAGAAGCCUGACCUUUCACAACAGCAGCAGACAGAAGUCGUGCAAGAGUUGGAGUACCAGAUAAGCCUCCUCAAUAAUGAGAAGCAGAACCUAGCAGAGCAGAUAAAGAAACUGCAAUGUGAGAUUCAAACACUGAAGAGGACCGUUUCCUCCCCGCCUCCGACCACUUUGGACCUGGGCUCUCAGAAUACACCUAACACGUCUUCCUCUUCUGCUACCACUGCUUGCUCUGCUGACCCUCUUUCUGUGUCUUAUCCUCAGCCUACCAUGGAUAAUGGCAAGUAUCUGGACAUCCGAGGGGUUUCAGAGCCUGACAAUAACACAGACAACCUCUCUACUCAGAACACAUCACAAUUCCACCCACAGACUCACAGCAAGCUGAAGAAUAAGCCACCUGUCCAGUUUGAUCAGCCAAACAGGAAGUUAUCUCCGGCCUUCCAGCAAGCCUUGUUGUCCUUCUGCAGAAUGUGCUCCGACAGCCGCCUAGGAGCAGAGGUGUCUCGUAUAGCAGACAGCGAGGAGAGUGUGAUGCUAAUGCUGGGUCGCUGUCUCCCUCACAUCGUCCCUAAUGUCCUUCUUGCUAAACGAGAGAGAAUGGUUGCGCAUCUUUGCCAGGAGUUGAUUCCACUCAUCUUAUGUACUGCCUGCCUUCACCCAGAGCCUAAAGAGAGAGACCAGCUUCUCCACAUCCUCUUUAACCUAAUCAAGCGACCGGAUGAUGAGCAGAGACAAAUGAUUUUGACGGGCUGCGUUGCGUUUGCGAGGCAUGUGGGGCCCACACGUGUCGAGGCUGAGCUACUCCCUCAGUGCUGGGAACAGAUUAACCACAAAUAUCCAGAGAGGAGAUUGUUGGUGGCAGAGUCCUGUGGAGCCUUAGCACCUUACCUGCCUAAGGAGAUUCGCAGUUCCCUGGUGCUGUCCAUGUUGCAACAGAUGCUUGCUGAGGAUAAGGCAGACAUGGUCAGGGAGGCUGUGGUCAAGAGCCUGGGUAUAAUUAUGGGUUACAUAGAUGACCCAGAUAAGUAUUCCCAGGGUUUUGAGCUGAUGCUGCUGUCUCUUGGAGACCCAUCAGAGCGGGUGGUCAAUGCGGUCCACCAGGUCUUCAUCCCUGCCUUUGCUGCCUGGACCACAGAGCUGGGCACCCUGCACACUGCACUCAUUCCUUCUCUACUGGCACGUAUAGAGAAACUACAUACACAAGGAGAACAUGGUCUAGAUGAACACAAGCUACACGUUUUCCUGUCAGCCCUUCAGUCUCUUAUCCCUCCUCUGUUCGCUGUGGUGCUGCAGAAUGCACCCUUCACCAGCAGAGUCAAGCUCCAAGGCGACAUACCUGCAAUUGAAGUGACUCGAUUUCCCCGGCCAGCUUCUCCCCUCCAAGAUGUGGCAACCAUCAUCGGCAGCAGGGAGAUGCUGAGUGCCCUGCUGCAACUCUAUGACCACCAGCUGGAGCAUGAAGGAACCACUGGAUGGGAGAGCCUGCUAUGGGUGGUCAACCAGCUCCUACCGCAGCUCAUAGAGAUUGUGGGUCGCAUAAAUGUGACAUCAUCAACUUGUGUUCAUGAAUUUUCUCGCUUUUUCUGGAGAUUCUGCCGCACCUUUGGCAAGAUCUUCACCAACACUAAGGUUAAACCACAGUUCCAGGAGAUUCUCCGACUGUCUGAAGAGAACGUUGAUGCUUCAGCAGGGAAUGGUAUUCUCACCAAAGCCACAGUUCCUAUUUAUGCCACUGGAGUGCUGACAUGUUAUAACCAGGAGGAGGAUCGCAAGCUGUUGGUGGGUUUCCUAGAGGAUGUUAUGACAACCCUGUCUCUGUCCCAUGCACCUCUCGACAGCCUGAAGGCCUCCUUUGUAGAGCUGGGUGCCAACCCAGUGUACCAUGAACUGCUGCUAACUGUUCUGUGGUAUGGGGUGGUCCACACGUCUGCUCUUGUCCGGUGUACGGCAGCACGGAUGUUUGAGUUGAUUCUCCGAGGCAUGAGUGAAGCAUUAGUAGAUCGCCGGGCGGCUCCAGCCCUUAUAACUCUGUGCAGUGGGCCUGAAUUCUCAGUGAGGAUCUCUACUAUUCCUGCCUUUGGUACCAUAAUGGAGACUGUCACUCAAAAAGAGCUGCUGGAGCGUGUAAAGAUGCAGCUGGCGUCAUUCCUGGAAGACCCUCAGUACCAAGAUCAGCACUCUUUGCACAUGGAGAUCAUCAGGACGUUUGGAAGGGUUGGGCCCAACGCAGAGCCACGCUUCAGAGACGAGUUUGUGCUGCCACACCUUCACAAGCUUGCUCUAGCUAACAACAGCCAGAGCGUUGAAAACAAGAGGAUUGACAUUGCCACUCAGCUGUUUGAGGCCUACAGCGCCCUCUCCUGCUGCUUCAUUUCCGAGGAGGUGAUGGUCAACCAUUUCCUGCCUGGUCUCAGGUGUCUGCGUGCUGACAUGGAGCAACUCUCUCCAGAGCACGAGGUGAUUCUUAGCUCAAUGAUCAAAGAGUGUGAAAUCAAGGUGGAAAACAGAGCGAUGUCAGACCCACAAGGCUCCAUGUCAAUUGCAUCCAGUUUGGUGGGUGAGGAUGCCAAGACCAAGUUUCUAAGUAAGAUGGGUCAGCUGACUACCUCUGGCGCCAUGCUGGCCAACGUCUUCCAGAGAAAGAAGUAAUCCCAACACUGACCGAUUCAUCAUCUCGAAUAACUGACCAAACGCUGCACUCAUUGGGAGCAUUUCGUUUUACUGGGAGUAAUAAAAAAAAGCAUAUGUUCGGCUUCGAGCAGACGGAAGUCAAGUGUAUAGUUGAGUUGAUUUCGAGAAAUUUUGCUUGAAGUUGUAUUGAUUUUAAAAUCUGUGCAGCAGGACUACUUGUUAAACAGGGAUGGUUUUCGCAGUGAAAGCUUCUGAGGUUUUCCUCUGCUCGUAUUUUCCUCUCCUCAACUAUUAAUCACGACAGAUGCAUCAUCAAGGACUAGGAUUUGCUUUCAUUAGUCAGUGUUAGAAUUGUCAUGUCACAACAGAAAGAGAGGAGAGAUGAGAAGAAACUCUACAGUAUCGAGACUAACCCACAGCGAUAACGAGGAACUCGUUACCUGGACAUUUCUGGACUUGAAAGGUAUCACUGAGUUUGUUUUAAGUUUUAGUGCAGUACUUCUUGUAUCAGAAGAGCCUCACUCGUCUUUGAGAAGCAGAACUCUGAGCGCAGCCUGCGGGGGUUUCAUUUACGAUGUUAAUGGGCGCCAUUUUGGAUCAAAAGGUUCGAAAGCAGUCGCAUUAAUUAUACUGAAGGUCUGAACCACCAAAAGGCUGUGCGGAUUAAUUAGAAUGCCUUGUACAGUGUCUCUGUACGGCUCUGAAGUAUCGCCUACUUGAAACUAUUAAAAAGAAAAAGUGUCUUGCCUUUAUUUCUUCAGUCUCUGGUUUUUGUUUUGAUAGCUUCUAUUUUAUAACUUAUUUAUGUCUUAAUGAAGAAAAACAUACUUUAUUCCAACUUCCAAAGAAAUUUGCACUUCACUUUACUAUUACGUUCUUUAUUAUCUAUAUUUCUUUUGUUUAAUUCAGUCUUACACACGGAGAUUAUCACUAUUGUUAAUGAUCUUUUUUUAUCCAUUAUGGCAAUGUGAAGUUGAAGAGAACACUGAUCAUAAUUAUUCCUUCUCUGUCUGUUGCAUCUUGUCUCUCAGUGUUGCAGUGUCUCUGAUAACUGUACUUUUUUUCUAACGUGGGAAUUUGGUUCUUUUUUUUCUUUGUCGUUCGUUCAAUUUGGAUAUGCUCUAAGAGAAACCGUAAAUAAAUGUAUCAUACACUGAACUGAAGAACACGGUACUCAUUGUGUAUAUUUGAAAUUCGUGUCUUGAUGUAAUAAAAGAUGGAGAUCAGUUGUGUACUUCAAUGAACCUUC